UUUCGGAGGCGGAAACCUGCAGGUCCACUAAAAGACAGACGCCUCAAUAUAAAGUUGUAAAUUCAGUCGUAUUUUUAAAAAUCAGAGAAUCACCGAAACAACGAGUUAUGAGAGCGAAUCAAAUGAAUGAUAUUUAGGUUUAAAUAUAUAUAUUUUUCAACCGUGGAAAGAGAAUGAGUGGAGAUAGUUUACGCUGAGAAUCCGUGUGUAAAGGUAGACGCACUUUUAGGACGCACAACAUAAAAACCGUUUCAACUGACUCCACAAGAGAUCAGCCAUGGAUUUUUACAUCAACACGGACUAAAGUUCGUUCUUGAAGAGGUCCGACCCGCUCCGACCCUGUCCCAUACCAGCCCGAAUUAGUGCAGCAGGUGGAGGAUGGCAGAGAGAGUGACUUGGUGGAGAGUGUUUAUGGGGAGCAAUAAGAGAACAAGUAGUGGUACCAAGGACAUCGCCACUCAGCUCCCCGACACAGUGAAGGACCCUCUGACGCCCAGCACACAGGGAGUCCUAGCAACACCACACUCAGCAGCCCCCAAACUCCCAACCGACCAACAGCCACCAGCAUCACAGCAGCCACCAGCAUCACAGCAGCCACCAGCAUCACAGCAGUCACAGGCACCAGUCAGUACAGGCAACAGCCUCUUCAGCGACGAGACCUUCGAUGACUCCCAGUUUGAGUCGGUCUUCAACGAACAGACGUGUCGUAGGAACCUGAGGGUGUCUCGGUCAGGCCGGUUUAAGGAGAAGAAGAGGGCACGCUCCAGUCUUCCUACUGGGAAAGAGGACGUACGAUGACGAGGAUGGCGAUGAGGAUGAGGGAGAUAGUGGCCAAAGACUGCUCUUACUUCUGAACUUUAUUUCAACAUGGCCAUCCGUUCUGGGGAAAGAGGAAGGUAGAUGAAGAUGAAUUGUAAGUUGAAGAUAAGUUGAGGGUAAAUUGAAGAUAAGUUGAGGGUAAGUUGAAGAUAAAUUGAGGGUAAGUUGAAGAUAAGUCGAGGGUAAAUUGAAGAUAAGUUGAGGGUAAAUUGAAGAUAAGUUGAGGGUAAGUUGAAGAUAAGUUGAGGGUAAAUUGAAGAUAAGUCGAGGGUAAGUUGAAGAUAAAUUGAGGGUAAAUUGAAGAUAAGUCGAGGGUAAAUUGAAGAUAAGUUGUGGGUAAGUUGAAGAUAAAUUGAGGGUAAGUUGAAGAUAAGUUGAGGGUAAAUUGAAGAUAAGUCGAGGGUAAGUUGAAGAUAAGUUGAGGGUAAAUUGAAGAUAAGUUGAGGGUAAAUUGAAGAUAAGUUGAAGAUAAGUUGGAACCCUUUUGUCAGUACUAGAGAGUCUGUCCGUUCCACUGCUUCUGCUUCUUCACCAAUCAACAUGAGAUUCAUUUAAUUGAUUUUGAUUUAUUGAUCCCUUAUCGGAAGUUGAACGUGUCGAACUGUGUUUCCCAUCACAUAGAAAGUGAACUGAUCAGAAAUGAAGUUAUACUCUCCUGUACCGCCUGUCUUGUUACAUUAUAAUGGACUGCUGAUUGGCAGUAGUGAACGUUUCUCAGUGACAGUCCUUCCCUGAGGAAAUCACAGAUCUGACAAAGGUUUGAUUGAUUUAAAGCAAUAGGAAGACAAGUGUGUCUUUACUAAUCCAAUCCCCUAAAGAUCAGUGGUUAGGCUCCUUCAAGAAAGGAAGGAAGGAAGGACUGUUUUCUGUAAGAAGUAUCACCUUUCAGCUUUAAAAACUAUCCAGACCUUUCUAGCGUUUUCUGUAUCCAAACAGUAUACUGAAAAUGAGACACACACACAGCUAUGCACAUUCCAGGAAAUGAUACGCUGUUUAUAAGAUGUUUACAUAUAUAUACGCGUAAUAUUUUGAAUAUGAAGGAUAUAAUAAUGUUUUUUACUAAUCAAUGUUGUUUUUCUGUGUUUUUUUUAAACUAUGAUUACAGUGGGUUAGAAGGGUACCUCAUUUGUUUUUUUUAAAAGAGGUGGGAUUGCUUGAAUGAAUGAGCAUUGGUGUUUGUGACCGGACAGGUGAAAAUAUAAGAUUAUAUCCACUAGCUGCUAUUCAGUUACAUACAGGCACACGUUUUAGAGGGAAACAUCACUGUCUGGAGCAAAUCCUGAUGGAAGGUAAGGUGUUAUAGAUAUAUAUAAUCCUGAUAGAAGGUAAGGUGUUAUAGAUAUAUAUAAUCCUGAUAGAAGGUAAGGUGUUAUAGAUAUAUAUAAUCCUGAUAGAAGGUAAGGUGUUAUAGAUAUAUAUAAUCCUGAUAGAAGGUAAGGUGUUAUAGAUAUAUAUAAUCCUGAUAGAAGGUAAGGUGUUAUAGAUAUAUAUAAUCCUGAUAGAAGGUAAGGUGUUAUAGAUAUAUAUAAUCCUGAUGGAAGGUACUAUUAGAAACUAAACUAGUCAGUAAUUGACAUCACUGUGCUUGGACGUGACACAUACAUCAUGGUCUGUAAAUGCUGCAAUGAAGGCUAAACAUGAUUGUUGUAAUGACAGAAGAACAAAUAAACAUUGAUCAAUGUCUCCA